UUGAUCAUGAUGGCUGCAUUGACAUAGCUCCCAGAAUUGAUACAUUUCUCCUUCAUCUUUACACAUACAAUGUCCUCCUCAAUCCCCAAGACCCAGAAAGCCCUCAAAUGCUUCGGGCCCAAGAAUGCCAAAGUCGUCACAGAUGCCACUGUACCCGAACAUCCCGAAGCCUACUUGCUGGUCAAAGUAGACUCCAUUGCACUCAACCCGACAGAUUGGAAGCACAUCGACUUAAUCGCCAAACCCGACUACCACCACACCGUAGGCUGCGAUUAUGCCGGAACAGUCGUCUCAGUCGGCUCCAAAGUCAACAAGAAAUUUAAGACUGGAGACCGUGUAGCAGGUUUUGCCCAUGGCAGCAAACACGAAGACCCAGAAUCAGGCUGCUUCGCCGAAUACGCCAAACUCAAAGGCGAUAUCCAAGCUCAUGUUCCGCAAAACAUCAAUUUUGAAGAAGCUGCGAGCUGGCCGACUGGGAUUAAUACUGCAGGACAAGGAAUGUAUGGACCUGAUGGGUUGGGAUUGCCAUGGCCUAAUGAGCCUGCAAAGGAGAGAUUUCCGGUUCUGAUAUACGGAGCUUCGACGAAUACUGGUCUGUGGGCGAUUCAGUAUGCGAAGCUGAGCGGGCUGAGAGUCAUUGCCACUUGCUCGGAGAAGAACUUUGAAGCUGUCAAGGAGCUCGGCGCUGACGAAGUUUUCGAUUAUCGCGAUGAGAAGUGCGGAGAGAAGAUUCGGGAGGCGACGAAUGAUCAGUUGAAAUACGCGUUUGAUUGUGUUUCUGAGGGGAGUAGUAUGGAAAUCUGUGCCAAAGCACUCAGCAGCAAAGGCUCCGGGGCACAAUACAACUCUCUUCUACCAGUCGAAUUCCCGCGCAAAGAUGUCAAGACCUCUUUCACAAUCGGCUAUUCUGUCAAUGGAGAAGAAUUCACCUUCUUUGGCAACCAUGUACCAGCUAAACCCGGAGAUUUCGACUUUGGUAAGAGCUGGUGGGAUUUGGCUGAGAAGCUUCUGGCAGAAGGCAAGAUCAAAGCGCCUGCAACAACAAUUCGCGAAGGUGGGCUGCAGGGUGUUCUUGAUGGAUUUGAGGAUAUGAAGAACGGACGGAUCAGUCGACAGAAACUUGUCUAUCGUAUUGCAGACACUGCGUAG